GAAAGUAAUAAAUGCCUUGAUGAAUAUGGAGAGGGCAAGUUGUGUAUAUUGUGUAAGCCAUGACUGCACUUAUGAAUAUUUUUGAAUGUUGACUGAGUUCAGUUUAUUUCUAUGUUUGAUUGCUGGUUUUUCAAUGUUGUAUUUUUUCUUAUUUAUGCGUCAAAGUAUGUAUGCUUGAACUUUGAAUGACCUAGACCAGUCUUUUGCUCUUAAUGGUUUCUUGACAUCCUAUUCCAUACAUUUUUCCAGUCUGCUGAAAUGAGGUCUUCAUGAAGCCCCAUGCCAGGAAAAUCCUCAUUAGGCUACCCUACUUGACUAAAGCCAUGGUCACUCCUGUCAUUUUUAAGUUCAAUUUUUCAUCUCCGUAGAGUAGAGCAGAUAUUAUCAUUUUCCCCUUGUCAUUUGUUCAAAACCUAGAAGAAGAGGAUCUUCAUAAUGUCUGUUUGGAAUAUGAUAACUAGUAUCGGAGUUAGAUCUGUUGGGGGAGGAAUUUCUUUCUACGUAUCAACAAUACUAAAAGUACAUAUUUCUGACAGUUAAAAAAAAAUUAUCUGACCAAUUUUUUUUGCUAAAAUUAAUUCUGUCAUCCAUCUGGGGAACUCAGUAUCAUUUUCUAUUAUAUCUGGGAAGUUAUGCUAGUUCUUGGUGGACAGUUAUAAAGCAUAAAAUUAGUUUGUAUGGUCGGUUGCAAUUCCAGCUUCUGGAUUUCUGCAUUCAGUAAAUUUGAUUUCUGUCAUAUGAAGUUACGUUUUUGUAAUUUUGCUCCCUUAAGCUGAUGGUAUUGCUUUCUGUUGCAGUACCACAGACUCCAGCUUGCUAUGUAUCAGAGCACACAAUACCUCCUUCGAGAAUGGAGAGCAUGCACUACCCAAUUGGUCCUAACACAUCUAGUUCUAUCAUAAAUGAUGGGUCUUUAGUGUGCCGCACCAUGCACACUGCUGAUGAUGCCUCUACACAUACACAGAGGACUGAUGUUUCAUCCAACACUCUGUCAACUCAGAACUCACACAUGGAAAUGGCACAAGGAAUGAAUGGCGUGGUGAUCAAACAAGAAGCUGGCUAUUCAAACAAUUCUGCUUUUACAAUGGGUUCCAAUCGCAAUUUCUUGGAUAUGCGUCCAACAAUUGCUGAUUCCUCUGUUGCAUCAUUAAAUGGUGUAGAUUCGAACUCCCAACAGAUGAAUGACUCACUUGUGGAUGCUGACACCUCUGCAUUUGGAUUUUUAGGGCAGAUCCCUCGAAACUUCAGUCUUUCAGAUUUGACAGCUGACUUUAAUCAAAGUUCUGAUAUAUUGGAAAGUUACUCCAGGUCACCAUUCCUAACAAAUCCGGAAGAUUUCCUAGAAUCCCCUGGAAGGGGUGAAUGCCUAGGAGAGAAUAAGAGACUGGAUACCAUAUCGGAAGGCUUGAGUUAUGAUGAAUUUGUUAGUGACUGAUUGGAUGUUCUUGAUUUGCUGCAGGAAAGUGGAUGACCUUAGGACUUAGGUGCUUGUACAUAGCAUUUUGUUCUUAAAACCAUGGAAGUGAUGCGAGUAGCAUUUCCUCUGUUAGGUCCUGUGUACUAGGAAUGCCACAUAUAUUUCUGAUUUCUGAUGGUGAUGGAGAUGUGGACGAUUUGUGUCGUGGUUAGCACUUAUGCAUAGAGUUUUUUUUGUUUUUCAAGAAAUGUAAUUUAUCUGCUCCAAUGAACUAUGACAUUACAUGAUAUUUUAUUAAUGAUGAGAAGGUCUUACUCUUAUAGCUGA